AUGAACAAGGUGAAGAAAGCUGGGAGAGUGAUUCAACAGGGACGCGACUCUGCUAAGGCUUCGACGGGGUCACAAACAUUUGAAAAUAUGGAUAUUUGGGGGAACAUAUUGAAGAGCAUUGAGCUAGUGCAGAGUAUAUGCAUCUCCAUUGGAGAGUGUUGGAGCUAUAAGCAAAUUCUUCAAGAAAAUAUGAAAAAGUUAAAGGAGAACAUGGAUAAGUUGAUUAGCCGAGAAAAGGACACUAAAAAAGAACUAGAGAAUGUUGAGUACCAGUUUCAAAAGGAACCCAAGGCAGAGGUUGAAAAUUGGUUGAAAAGUGUAGAAAGCAAAAGAGGAGAAGUUGACGAAAUAGAACAUGUAGCUAAGAAAAGAAGAUAUUUCUCACGACCUAAGUUCUUAAGAAAAAUUGAGAAUAUUACUAAAGAAGUAAAUGAAGUUUUUGAUAGGGGCAUAUUUCCUAAUGGGGUUGUUAACGACACAUAUUUAGAUAAAGGACUUGCAUUACCUCGCGCAAAACUAGUAGGUGAAGCUACAGCCAAGAGAAAUCUUGAAAAGAUUUGGGAAAUAUUGAUGAAAGAGGACAUUAGAAGUGUGGGAGUUUAUGGAAUGGGAGGAGUGGGCAAAACAACCAUUGUAACACACAUCCACAACCGACUCUUGGAAAAUUCGCAUGUCUUUGGUUCUAUAUUUUGGGUCACUGUAUCUCAAGAAUCAAGUGUUCAUAUCUUGCAAAAUAAGAUUGCAUUAAAAUUGAAUGUGGAUUUUAAAGGAGAUGAAGUCGAAAUCACAAGGGCAGCUAUGUUGUUGGAAGCAUUGAAUGCUAGAAAGAAAUUUGUCUUUAUUUUAGAUGAUAUGUGGGAAAGUUAUUCUAUAGAGGGUGUGGGAAUUCCUAUUAAUGAAGGUAGCAAGGGGAAGUUGAUCAUAACUUCUCGGUCGUCAGAAGUGUGUCAACAAAUGUGCCAAAAAAUUAUCAAAGUUGAGCCACUUUCAACUGAAGAAGCUUGGAGCCUAUUCAAGGAAAAAUUAGGGCCUCACACUGUUCUUAUUGAUCCUGAAGUUGAAAGAAUUGCGAAAUCUGUUGCCAAAGAAUGUGCUGGUUUGCCCCUUGCAAUCAUCACAAUAGCAGGAAGCUUGAUUGGAGUGUGUGACAUUUAUGAGUGGAAUAAUGCUUUAGACGAAUUGAAACAACAUGCUCCAGAUAUCACUCAAAAUGUAAAGGAUGUAUAUAAGCGCUUAAAGUUUAGUUAUGAUCGAUUGAAGAAUGAAAAGAUGCAGCAGUGUCUUUUGUAUUGUGCCUUGUUUCCGGAAGAUCAUGACAUUCCAAGAGUGGAAUUGAUACGGUAUUGGAUUUGUGAGGGACUAAUAGAUGAAAUGGAUACUAGGCAACAGGAGUAUAAUCGAGGCCACUCUAGAUUGAAUGAACUCAUAAAUGUAUGUUUACUACAAAGUUCUGUAAGUCAUCCUCAUAAUUGUGUAAAGAUGCAUGAUGUGAUAAGAGACAUGGCCCUUGAUAUUGCAAGAUCGGAUAAGCAAAUGUUUAUGGUGAAAGCUGGUGCCCAACUAGAAGAGCUCCCAAAUAAUAGAAAUUGGCAAGGGAGUCUAGAGAGGAUUUCAUUAAUGAGAAAUUUUUUAGGUAGAGGGGCGGAAGAUUUUACCUCACCGAUGUGCCCUUUGUUGUCUACUUUGUUGCUAAAUGAUAAUGAAAGAUUAACAAAGAUGUCCAAUAUCUUUUUUGCAAGUAUGCCAAGUUUGAUUGUUUUAGACUUGUCUAGUACAGGCAUUGAGCGUGUUCCUGACUCCCUCUCAAGCUUGACGAACCUAAGAGCACUAUUGCUUAAAACAUGCCCAAAAUUAAAGUAUGUUCCUUCUUUGGCACAACUCAAAAAAUUAAGGGAACUUGAUCUUCAGAAAAGUGAAAAAUGUGGAGCUCUUAUGGGCAUCGAAGAAUUAUGUGACCUCAAAUUCCUGGACUUGUGCGGUAUGUCCAUCAAAUGGAUGUUUCCUCAAACUGAAAGAGGGGGCAAGGAGGUCCUCCCCAAGCUAAGGCAGUUGCAGUGCAUUGGAGUUGGAGGAAAAGAUAUGCAGGUGGAUCAACUCUCUGUCUUGACAAAGUUAGAAAGUAUCAAACUCUGGGGCCUUGACCCUCUCAAGUUUAACAAUUAUGUAAAAUCUGAGGCUUGGAAAAAGUUGAAGCGCUACUUCCUUAGCUUAUCGGUGGAUGUUCUUCAGCUACCAGAAAUACUGUUUGGCAGACAAUUAUGUAUAGAUUAUCGUGGGGUUCGUAAUAGUUCAGAAAUAGGGGAAUUAUCCCUCAUGCUCCCUUCAAAUGUCCAAGAGUUGAUUUUAAGGGGAUGCAAUGAUUUCUGCAGCUUGUUAGAUUUUUCGUCUUCUUUGAAGAAUGCUGAGGAUUUAGAGAGAUGUAAAUUUGAGUCCUGCCAAGGGAUGCACUACUUGUGGGCAAAUAAUUGUUGCAUUGCCACCACCGAUUCUAAUAUUAUGCCUUUAUUUUUACCACGACUAGAGACCUUGGUGUUGCGUGAUUUGCAAAACCUCAAAGCCCUCUUAAAGCUUCAGGAGGGUGCAGUUGGAAGGGGAGGACUAGAACAAUCACUGUCGCCAGUAUCGAGUGGAAGCUUUUCCAAUCUUAAGCUGCUAGCCAUUUUGGAAUGUCAUAAUGUAAAGUAUAUAUUUCCUUUUGGGUUUGCACAGAAACACCUCCAAAACCUUGAGAUUAUGUUUGUGCACGACUGUAAAAAUAUUGAGAAUAUCAUUUCAGCGGUAGACGGAGAUGAAGAAGAAGAGGGGGUGCAUCAGGAAAGGAGCAAGAAUUCCAUGUUCAUGUUCCCAAAAUUACAAGAAUUGUGGUUAGGAUAUCUACCCAAGUUGCAGGGGUUAAUAUGUGGUAAUAAGGGGAGCAUGGUCAGUGACUAUUUGCAAGAAAUACACAUAUAUGGAUGCCCAAAUCUGAAGAGCCUCCCUAUUUCCAUUUCUAUGCAUGAUAAUGAUAUUGGCACGGUGUCAUCUGUUCUUCCUCCUCCUACAACUAUUAAAAGAAUUAUUAGAGCAAAAAGAAACCAGUUUGAUGCUAUGGAGUGGGCCGACAAAUCCCUUUUCAAACUGAUACCAGUAACAGGUCCUUCUAUAAAAUUACAAUUGAUGUUCCACAAGGCUCUAGUGAGAAGGGCUUUGUUCCAAGCUUUAAUGUCAAAAACUCUCAGGCCUCCUUCAUCUUUAAGGAGGCAGACCUCCUUCCAAGCCACAAAGGGCCUCUUCUUUCCACCCCACAUAAAUGCUUUACAAAAUAGAGCAGAUAAAGCCAAUGAUGAAUUGAUAGACCUACAGCAACUUUUGCAUGACAAUCAUUCUAAUACUGAUAUUCAGAAGAGAAUGGUUGAGAAGCAGAAGGAGGCUUACAGACUUGGAGAAGCAAACAUAAUUUUUCUUGCUCAAUUAGCUAAGGGAAAGUACUUAAAAGAAAGUGACAAGAGUAUGUCUUUCUUUCAUGCUUUUAUGAGAAGGCACACCAGUAGGAAUCAUAUAUUAGUUGUUAUGAAGAACAAUGGAGAACAAACAAACUCCCAAAUGCAGGGAACUUACAGAGUAGUUACCAUAGGAGUUGGGUUGCUGUGUUCAGAUAGCCGGAGCAAGGGCGUCGGAGCUGAGAUGCUUGAUGAUGAAUCUGCAGCACGCCGGAGAGAGCAGAGAUGUCGGAGAAGAUAA